AUGCGAAGGACCUGGAAAGGUCGCAUCCGCCUUCCUCUUCCCCCAGGCCCCCCGCGCAAACUCUUUCUGGGUAAUCUACGUGAUCUCCCAAAACACGGCUGCAAGCAAUGGGAGCAUUGGUAUAAGCACAAAGCACUAUACGGACCCAUCAGUUCCGUCGUUGCGCCGAACCAGACAAUUAUUAUCUUGAAUGACCCUGAAAUUGCUGUUGAGCUCUUUGAGAAACGCUCGAAGAACUACUCUGCCCGACCGCAUGCUGCUUUCUGCAAAGACCUGAUGAAGUGGGACCGUCUCCUCGCGUUACAGGGGAAUCUGAAAGAGGUCCGCGAGAAACGAAAGUUGAUAAGCAGCCUGAUUGGCUCGAACCGUGCAAUCGAGUCCUCAUCCACGGUGCAGGAGCUUGAGGUUCGGCGGUUCCUGUGGCGAACACUGCAGCAGCCACAGGAGCUGCUGGACCAUAUUCGUCGCGAAGCUGGAGCGGUAAUCCUAAAAUUGACCUAUGGCUAUGUCGUCGAGCCUAAAGGGCGAGAUGCCUUCAUCGAGCUGGCCGAUCUAUCCGGCAGCCAGUUUGCCAAGGCAACAGAGCCCGGAAAAUGGCUUGUGGACACACUCCCUAUAUUAAAAUACGUCCCCUCUUGGUUCCCAGGUGCCGAAUUUCAGCGAUUAGCCAAAGAAUGGGAUGGGGUGUUGACCGCGUUGGGAGGGAAGCCCUACACUUUUGCCAAGAAGAACUAUUCUCGUGGUGUUGACAAGACCAGCCACGUAGCGCGACAUCUGGCUACCUUCGGCUCAAAGCUCACCCCUCAUGAUGAGUACCUUAUUCAAUGGUCCGCCGCCGACCUCUAUAGUGGCGGUACAGACACAGCAUUUUCCUCAAUCUCGGAAUUCUUUCUGGCCAUGGCCCUGAAUCCGGAUAUCCAGGAAAAAGCGCAAGAGGAGUUGGAUCGUGUCGUCGGGGCGCUCCAAGAGGUUCUCCGCUGGCAUCAAGUGGCGCCGCUAGCUUUACCUCGCGAGGCCGCCGAGGAAGAUGUCUACGGGGGAUACCGCAUUCCGCGCGGGGCUUUCCUGAUCCCUAACAUCUGGGGCUGGCUGCAUGAUCCUCAAGCAUACAAGGAUCCAAUGUCCUUCAACCCGGACCGAUAUCUCGCCGGCGAGGGACGAACCCCGGAGCCGGACCCGCGACGCUUUUGCUUCGGGACCGGUCGUCGCAUCUGUCCCGGGCGAUUCCUCGCAGAAUCCAGUGUGUAUCUAAUGAUCGCUCACUCCUUGGCUGUCUUUUGUAUUCGCAAGCAGACGACAUCAGAUGGGCGGGAGAUUGAGCCCUUGGUGAAACCGCGUAGCGCAGACCACGAGGCCUUAAUUCGCUCGAUUGACGAGGCGGAUGUUUAUUAUGUGGGUAAUUCGAAGGACCUGGAUGCCAUUGAGAUGUAG